AUGGAACCAGGAAACAGCACAAGAGUUUCAGAGUUUCUUCUGCAGGGAUUCUCGGAGGACCCAGAACUGCAGCCCCUCAUCUUUGGGCUUUUCCUCUCCAUGUACCUGGUCACUGUGCUGGGGAACCUGCUCAUCAUCCUGGCCACCAUCUCAGACUCCCACCUGCACACGCCCAUGUACUUCUUCCUCUCCAACCUGUCCUUUGUGGACAUCUGCUUCACCUCCACCACCAUCCCAAAGAUGUUGGUGAACAUCCAGACACAGAGGAAGACCAUUACCUACACAAGCUGCAUCACGCAGAUGUGCUUUUUCUUCAUUUUUGUAGAGUUGGACAAUUUCCUCCUGGCUGUGAUGGCCUAUGACAGGUUUCUAGCCAUCUGCCACCCCCUGCAUUACAUGGUCAUCAUGAAUCCCUGGAUCUGUGGUUUGCUGGUUCUGGUGUGCUGGAUCCUGAGUGCCCUGCAUGCCCUGCUACAAAGCUUAAUGAUGUUGCAACUGUCCUUCUGCAGAAACUUGGAAAUCCCACACUUUUUCUGUGAACGUAACCAGGUGGUCCAACUUGCCUGUUCUGACACCUUCCUUAAUGACAUGGUGAUGUAUUUUGCAUCUGUGUUGCUGGGAGGUGGCCCCCUUGCCGGCAUCCUUUACUCCUACUGCAAGAUAGUGUCCUCCAUCCGUGCAAUCUCAUCAGCUCAGGGCAGGUACAAAGCCUUCUCCACCUGUGCUUCUCACCUGUCCAUUGUCUCCUUAUUUUAUGGCACAGGACUUGGUGUGUACAUUAGUUCUUCUGCAACCCGCAACUCACACUCCAGUGCCACAGCCUCGGUGAUGUACACUGUGGUCACCCCCAUGCUGAACCCCUUCAUCUACAGUCUGAGGAAUAAUGAUGUAAAGAGGGCCCUGAGAAGGCUCUUUGGUGGGCAACUGUAG